GACCUUUUAGUCAGCAAAUUGAAACUUGAAUUUAUCGGACUGACGAAUGCCAGUUGCACAGUGCCAGUCUUACAUACAACUUCGCAAAGAUAACAGAACAUUAUGAAGAUCGUAUUCUAUUCAUUGGCAUUUCUGCUGAUAGGAACAUUUAUAGUUGGAGCUGUUCCUAUAUUUUUUCCUGGAUCUCCACACCAAUUAUCACCUAAUUCUUACAAUCAACCUGGACUAUUUAGACAAGCAAAUAUUCCUGAAUUUAAUAAAUUUGAUCAUAUUCCAAAACCUGGACCAAUUUCACAAGACCAAAUUGGAAUUGCUGUUCAACCAGGAGUUUUUGGUCAAGGACAAGGACCACCUGGACCAUUUAGACAGCUGCCCAGUCCUGGACAGCCUAGAUUUGCUAAUAAUUUUGAUCAUUCCCAAAAAUCUGGACCAAUUCCACAAGACCAAAUUGGAAAUGCUGUUCAACCAGGAAUUUAUAGACAAGGACAAGGACCAACUGGACUAUUUGGACCGUUGUCUUUUCCUGGACAGCCUAGAUUUGCUAAUAAUUUUGAUCAUCCUCAAAAACCAUUCCCUGGACCAUUUGAUCCGCACCAAAUUGGAAUCAAUGUUGAUCCUGGAACUUAUGGACAACCUGGACCAGGACAACCUAUGCAAUCUGGACCAUUAUUAAUUCCUGGACAGCCUAGAUUUGCUAAUAAUUUUGAACAUCCUCAACAUCCUGGACCAAUUCCUCAAGACCAAAUUGGAAUUGCUGUUCAACCAGGAGUUUUCGGUCAAGGUCAAGGUCAAGGUCAAGGACAAGGACAAGGACCAUUUGGACAGUUGUCUAUUCCUGGACAGCCGACGUUCAGCAAUCAAAAUGGACCUAUUCUAUCUCCCCAACCUGGAUCAAACUAUCAACCUGGACCAUUUGGAAUGGGAGUGCCUGGAUCGAAUUUAUUCGAACCGCAAAAACCGUGGAUAGAGUCUUUAAAUUCACAAUUCCGGCAGUACAAACAACUAAACGAAGAAAUAGCGAAGAAAAUAAGGGAAAUGACGCAGAAUAAAACAAUUGCAGUGCCACAGAUGAUGACUCCGAUUUCGGUUCCGCAGAAUGCUUGGGCGCCUUUUCCUCAGAACCAGUGGGCCAACAGAUUUCACCGAUCUCCACUUGCCAAUCUUCAGGCGCUUCAAGCGCAAGGUUACCAAAUUAUCAAGCUCAAGGAUUAUCAAAAUCUUGAAAGACGCUCGGCUUCGGGACCCGGAGGAGCUUUUUCAAAACUCAAUAUUAGGAGCGACGAAAAAACAUCUGAUAAAAAAUCUUUCGGGGGCUCAUUGGCCCAGAACUCGACCUUAAAUUCAACGGAGAGCUUUUCUGACAAGGAGGUGCCGAAUAUGCGUGCAGCAAGUUCAUCAGAACAUAUGAUAGUUGGAAAUCCCUUAGAAAUUUGCAAAGAUUACGAAACUAUCGACCAGCAUCACCCAACAAAAGAAAACAAACGAAUAAAAUCAUUUUGUACAAAUUUUUUCCAAAACGUUAUGCCUAGCUUUCCAUCAUAUCCAACCGAAGUCCCUUCGACUUCUCACUCGGAAGAUUACGUAGUGACCGAUGAUAUCUCGAAAAUGUCAGGCAGUUCUAUACGCAAUAUCACGCAAGCUAGACAGCAGUUUCCGAACAACCAACAACAAAAAACACAAAGCGAUGGACAGAUCAAAAGAUUCGGGGAUAACUUUAUCGGUUUGUCGGAAGAAUUGGCGAAAAAUUCAACAAAUGCAACUGCUGCACCUGUACAAUAUCGGUACAGACCUUCAGUCAAUGAAAAUCUCCCACAACAAAUUCCAGCAACCGCCAGAGCCAAUCUUCCACCGAAAUCAACUCCGAGAAUGAAUAAUUACAAUUCAUUCCAUCCCCUCGCUGCUGAAAGCGCGCUUUAUAAACUACCGAGUUUAUGGCCAGGUAAUGCACCUAAUAAUAAUUAUAAUAAUAAAAAUUUUAUGGACUUUGCUCCGGUAUAUCCAAUCACCCCGCUUAAUAAUUAUUAUUUACAAAAAUUUCCUGUGUAUCAAACACCUAAUUACUUUUUAUAUCAAUAAUUUUUUUAAGUUAUA